AUGUCGAACCUUUUAUUUGUCAUCUUUGCCGUCGAGCUCGUGGCGCACAUCAUCAACGCCCUUGGCGCAGCUCGGAUCAAUAACUUGCUUUGGAUACUGAUCAACUAUCUGCCGAUUUCGACGUCGAAAGCUGCCGCUCAGCAGCGCACGCUCCAGGCCGAGUAUCUACGGGCCCGGCGGGAUCUCAACGCGACGAGCAGCCAGGACGAGUUUGCAAAAUGGGCCAAGCUGCGACGGCAGCACGACAAGCUGCUUGAACAGCUCGAUGCAGCGAAGAAAGGACUGGAAGCCUCCAAGUCCAAGUUCGACAACUCCCUCACCGUCGUCCGACUGCUGUUGACCAAGGGGCCGCAAUACUUUCUCCCGUUCUGGUACGGCAAAGAGGCCAUGUUCUGGCUGCCCUACGGCUGGUUCCCGUACUACGCCGAGUGGAUUAUAUCCUUCCCCAGUGCUCCGAUGGGGAGCGUGAGCGCUCCGUCGUGGCAACUGGCAUGCUCGGGAUUCAUUACCCUCGUGUCCGAGCUCAUCGUCUUUGUUGGAGGUGUGGUCUUUCGAGGGGCGGAGACGGACGAGACAAAAGGAAAGCCACAAAGUGCUGGCUCGAAGAUGGCGGUGCCCGCAGCACAGACGACGACGGAGGGCGACAAGGAAAAGAAGGAAUUAUAG